GGGUGGGGGAGGAGGGAAAGCGGCGAGUAAGAUGGAAGAUGAGGAGGUCGCUGAGAGCUGGGAGGAGGCGGCAGACAGCGGGGAAAUAGACAGACGGUUGGAAAAAAAACUGAAGAUCACACAAAAGGAGAGCAGGAAAUCCAAAUCUCCUCCCAAAGUGCCCAUUGUGAUUCAGGACGAUAGCCUUCCCACGGGGCCCCCUCCACAGAUCCGCAUCCUCAAGAGGCCCACCAGCAAUGGUGUGGUCAGCAGCCCCAACUCCACCAGCAGGCCAGCCCUUCCUGUCAAGUCCCUAGCGCAGCGUGAGGCGGAGUACGCCGAGGCCCGGAAGCGGAUCCUGGGCAGCGCCAGCCCCGAGGAGGAACAAGAGAAACCCAUCCUCGACAGGCCAACCAGGAUCUCCCAACCUGAGGACAGCAGGCAGCCCAAUAAUGUGAUCAGACAGCCUUUGGGUCCAGAUGGGUCACAGGGCUUCAAACAGCGCAGAUAGAUGCGUGCGGGAAAGGAUGCCGCCGCCGCCGCCGCCUCUUGGGUCGUCCGCCACGGGUCGCACUGCUGUGGCAGACAGCUGGACUUGAGCAGAGGGAGCGACCUGACUUACUUGCACUGUGAUCCCCUUUGCUCCGCCCACUGUGACCUUGAACCCCAUGCACUGUGACCUCCCUCCUUCCCCCCCCUUCCCACUGUGAUUGGCACGUCUACAAGGGCUGUCCCAAGUCAAUGGAAAGGGAAAGGGUGGGGGUCAGGGGAGGGUUGGGGGGACCCACGAAGGACUCGGAGAGGCAGACAGUGCCACUUGGCCACUUGGGGUAAAGCCGGUGCCAGCAAUAACAGUUUAUCAUGCUCAUUAAUUUGGGAUUUCAAAACACAGAUGAGAAUUCCCGUCCACCCACCUGCAAGUGCAUGUCUUCAUCACUUAAAAGCAAGUUCCAUUUGAAAAUAUCCUUUCUUUUUUUUUCUCCUUCCUAUUUUUGUUUGUUUAUACAAAUAUCUGAUUUGCAAGGAAAAGUGCACGGGAGGAGGGGUUUUAGCAGUUUAAUGAAUUUUUAAUUGAGAAAGGGUAGUUUGGUAGUCUACUUAAAAAUGUUUCUGGGAAAUUCACUAGAAACAUUAACCAAUAGGACUUCAGUGAGCUUAGCUUCUGUAUUCCUACUGCCGCCCAGAAGAGGGGCAGGGCUCCGCAGCCCCCCGGACAGAUGAGCACCCCAUGCCUAUACCUCCCUCCCUCAGCUAAGUCCCAGGGCAUCUAGGCCCUACCUGGACACUGAGCUAGCUGUACAGGCUGAGAGAGCCUGGGGAGGGUGCCAACCCCACCUCUAGUAUUUCGGGAGAUAGGGAAAGUGAACAGACUUCCCCUUCCCAUACCCCUCAGGGUGGUUCCCUGCCAGCCAGGCUUGCUCCUUUUGGAAGAGGGCAGGGAGUGAGAUGCACUCCGGGCUCGGAAGUAAGGGAUGUGAGACUUGCUCAGUGUUUUGCUCUUAGUCCGAGGAGAGCCAGGAGAGAGUGGCUCCAGGACUCCGAGCCUCGUGCCCAGUGUGCUCAGAAGGUGGCUAGAUCUUCCCGCUCCAGCAAUGCCUAAACUCUCAAGGGUCUGUGGAGCAGCAUCUCUGUUGAUGGCACCAGCUUGGUAACCAAUGUUUCCUUUGUGAAACAUUACCUUGGGAGCCGACCGUUC